AUGUUCGUGAAGAUGCUCUACAUGCCACAAGAACCAAAAUGGAUUCUUUUUGUGCAGCCAAAGAGGCGGCUCGAAAAGACAUUGAAAGAGCUUUCAGGUCAGGUGAACUUUUUAGGAAGGUUGACACAUCCCAACUUGGUUAAGCUCUUGGGAUACUGUUGGGAAGAUGGAGAACUGCUGCUUGUCUCUGAAUUUAUGCAGAAGGGAAGCUUUAAAAGUUAUCUUUUUAGUCCAAGUGCUUUUACAAAAUCAUUGACGUGGGAUAUAAGAUUACAAAUAGCGAUACGAGCUGCAAAGGGACUGGCUUUUCUGAAUGCUUCGGACAGAAAGUAUCGAGACUUUACGGCCUCAAUCAUUCUUCUUGACGGGAGUUUCAAUGCAAAAAUAUCGGAUUUGUGGUUAGCGGAACUGGAUCCUUGUGGAGGGAAUGCAACACUCAAGAUGGCGAUAGGAGCAGCAAAUGAAAUGGCUUUUCUGAAUGCUUCAUACAGACAUCUAAAUGAGACGUGCAACGUGUAUGGGUUUGGCGUGGUGCUGCUGACAGGCUCGAGAGGCCAUGACAUACUACGGGCAUAUUGGAACUUGGUGUAUUGCAUAAAAUCCCUUCACUCCAAGAUACGGAAACUGAUACGCAUCAUGGAUGAGCAACGACAAGGCCAGUAUUCAUUCAAGGCAGCAGCACGGGCUACUCAACUCACCCUCAGAUGCUUGCAGCAAGAGCCCAGAAACCGGCCUCCGAUGGAAGAGGUGGCUGAGGUCUUGGAACAGAUUUCAGCCAUGGAAAAACCUUAA